AUGAGACACGAGUUGUGGGUGCGCAACGACGACGUCAUCCUGAGAGGAGCCCAACAAGUUGUUGUGCCCGUUCAGCUCCGCCGCAGAUACCUGGAGCUGGCGCACAGCGCGCACGACGGAAUCGUCCGCAUGAAACAGGCGCUGCGGAAUCUGGCGUGGUGGCCCGGCAUCAACCGUGAGGUGGAGGAGCUGUGCCGAAGUUGCGAGCGCUGCCAGCACAGCGACGCAGUCCUCUCCCAGCGCGCACGCCCUGCGCCCAUGCAGCCAGUCGACCUGCCGGACCGCGCCUGGUCGAAACUGGGGAUGGAUAUCGUUGGUCCAAUCAACGGAGCACCAGCGACUGCCCGUUACGCCAUCACUCUGAUUGACUACAGAAGCAAAUGGGCGGAAGUCUGCCUGACGUCAUCGACUGAGACUGAAGACGUCAUCAAGUUCUUGUCAACUGUGUGGGCCAAAGAGGGCUAUCCCGACGAGAUCGUGACGGACAAUGGGCCCCAGUUCACGAGCAGGGAGUUCACUGCGUACCUGACCGCCCGAGGGGUGAAGCACACCAAAUCGUCCGUCUACUGGCCUAGAGGCAACUCCGCCGUAGAGCGCUUCAACAAAACGUUCAAGUCGUGGAUCACAGACUGUCCACCAGCAGCGUUCAUUGACGAGGAGCCGACAGUGUGGCGUCUCGAGUUCGACGCCGACAGCAGUCCAACAAGAGGUCCUACGACCGCCGCCGUGGCGUGA